UCGAAGGCCAGUACUAAGAUGGCUGCCAGUUCCAACAGGAAAUCACUACCAGGUUUUUAUAAGCAACUUAAUGAGUCACCAGUCUGGUUUUUCGAGCCAGUAAAGGUGAGAAAAAAAACUAAAAGGUCAAGUGGUCCAUACUAUGCCGUAGAGAGGCUGAUUUCAAAGCGAAUUUUCAAGGGAAAUACUGAAUAUCUAGUCAAGUGGGAAGCCUACAGUUUAUAUUACUUUAGCUGGGAGGAUGAAGGAAACCUCACCAGAGACUUGAUAAGAUCAUAUGACAAGCCUGUAAUUGAGAAGUCCAGACUUCAGGCUAACAUUGACACUCUUUCUUGCACAAUAUUAUCUUAAAGCUCAAGAGCAAGUCAAGAGUUCCAGUUUCUGGCUCUUUUGAUCAUGACUGCUUUCGUUAUUUAUUUGGGGAUAAGGGUAAUGUGUUGAAAGAUGGGAAAGCAUUAAUGCUAGAGAAGGAAGAUUUUUUAUGUUGUAAUUUUUUCAAUGAUUGGGACCAGUGCUUGGACAGAAAUGGGGAUGGGGAGAUCAUUCAUUUUCCUAUUCGAGUAGGCAAAGUUCUGUCUCAUUCACCAAGUACAAUUGUUUUUCAGAGUGGGAGGCUAGUAAAACAACCAACUAUGCCUAUUGAAAAGCUAAAGAUUGAUUUUGUUCGAAAGCCCUUCUCCUGUAUUUGAUUUUGUACAAAUUUCUUACUUGUUUUGAUCCAAUUAUGCACUGAUACAAAAGUCAAAAGUUUUAUAACUUGCAUAUUCUCUAAUUUAGAACAUUAUCUGUAUGUUACUAGCUUCAAAGUCAAAGCUUCAAACUUUCCAUAAUUGUCAAGAAACUACAACUGUAUACCUGAAACUACAUUUAUCUGCAAAUUAGCAAUAAUUAUAAUUUCAAAAUUUUCAACAAUAUUGUGAAAUAUAUUGCUAAUAAUAUGUUAGAUAAAAUACAUAGAAAUAAUACCACAAAUGUAUUCACUGAGGUGCUUUUAGUUGUCUUUUGAUGUAGGAAUCAAGUAGUUUGUAGCAUUUCUUAGCUGACCUACACACUUCAAGACUAAACUAAAAGCAAAAUAUAGAAAGAUAUAUAACUCAAUUAACUGUUCAAAUUGUUUACUAUGUCUUUAGUUUCUUAAGUAUUGUAUUUUAUAUACAUAACCUCUGUGAGU